GUGCUCUGCCCCGCGCCGCGUGCAGAGCAGGAAAAGGCCGCCUGCUGCACAGCGCAGUCUCCGCCGGGCCGGAGGAGGCGAGGUCGGGCGGGGCCACGGCUGGUUGGAGGCGGGGCCGGCUCAAGACUCUCUUCCCGCCGCCUGAUGGGAACUGUAGUUCUGGGAACUAGCCAGGCUCCCUCAAGGGGCUCUGGGAACUACACUUCCCGUUGAGGGAACGGCUCCAGCAGGCCGCGCGUUACGGGGGAGUCACACUACCCGCACCAGCGCUGCAGAGUGUUUGAGGGGCAGGUCGAAGGGGUGUCUUUUCCUUCACUCUGCGCUCAGGCGGUGCCGAUUCCGCCUUAUCUCGCCCCACGGCCGUGCGCUCAUUGCCCGGCUCCCGGUGUCAGCUUUUCCUGAGUCCUUCAAGGAGUUGGGGCCUGGAGGUUCGGAGGUAACGGCUGCUGCCUUGCGCGGGAGCGAGGGGCGCUCCCCUCUUCAGCCCAGCCAACCCCGCACCCGGCCCUUGCCUCCAUGGGCCCAACUCGGAAACCCAACGUGUGCCGCCAGCUGAGUCGCCGGGCGCUGGGCUUCUUCUCGCGGGACGCAGGCGUGGUGCAGAGGACGAACCUGGGCAUCCUGAGGGCGCUGGUGUGCCAGGAAAGUACUAAAUUUAAGAAUGUGUGGACAACUCAUUCCAAGUCACCUAUAGCCUAUGAGAGAGGAAGAAUAUAUUUUGACAAUUAUCGGUGCUGUGUCAGCAGCAUUGCAUCAGAGCCAAGAAAACUUUAUGAAAUGCCAAAAUGUUCCAAAUCAGAAAAAAUAGAGGAUGCAUUAUUAUGGGAAUGCCCAGUGGGGGAAAUACUUCCCAAUCCAUCAGAUUAUAAAUCUUCACUCAUAGCACUGACUGCUCAUAAUUGGCUGUUUCGCAUAUCAGCAACUACUGGAAAAGUCCUUGAGAAAAUAUAUCUUGCUUCAUAUUGCAAAUUCAGAUACCUGAGCUGGGACACUCCUCAAGAAGUCAUUGCAGUCAAGUCAGCUCAAAACAAAGGCUCAGUAUUGGCCCGGCAGGCAGGCAUUCAACAGCCUGUUUUGCUGUACCUUGCAGUGUUCCAUGUUUUACCUUUUUCACUUAUAGGGAUUCUGGAGAUCAACAAGAAGAUUUUCGGGAACGUUACAGAUGCUACCUUGUCUCAUGGAAUACUAAUUGUGAUGUACAGCUCAGGACUGGUCAGACUCUAUAGCUUCCAAGCCAUCACUGAACAGUUCAUGCAACAGAAACUUGACUUAGGGUGUGCAUGCAGAUGGGGUGGGACUGCUGGAACUGUAGGAGAGGCUCCUUUUGGCAUUCCUUGUAAUAUUAAAAUCACAGACACACCUCCACUGCUCUUUGAGGUAUCCUCCCUGGAGAAUGCUUUUCAGAUUGGAGGCCAUCCUUGGCACUACAUCAUCACACCUAAUAAGAAGAAACAGAAAGGAGUUUUCCAUAUUUGUGCUCUGAAAGAUAAUUCCUUGGCAAAAAAUGGGAUCCAAGAAAUGGAAUGUUGUUCUCUAGAAUCUGACUGGAUCUAUUUUCAUCCUGAUGCUUCUGGUAGAAUAAUACACGUCGGCCCAAAUCAGGUCAAAGUUUUAAAGCUAAAUGAAGUAGAAAAUAAUAGUGCCCAGCAUCAGAUCUCUGAAGAUUUUGUCAUUUUGGCCAACAGGGAGAAGAACAAAAAUGAAAACUUACCCAUUGUUACAGCUUCUGGACGGGUGGUGAAAAAAAAUUUUAACCUUCUGGAUGAUGACCCAGAACAAGAGACUUUUAAAAUUGUGGACUAUGAAGAUGAGCUGGAUUUGCUUUCUGUGGUAGCUGUUACCCAAAUAGAUGCUGAAGGAAAAGCUCACCUGGAUUUCCACUGUAAUGAAUAUGGAACUUUACUUAAAAGCAUUCCACUAGUGGAGUCAUGGGAUGUGACGUACAGCCAUGAAGUCUACUUUGACAGAGACUUGGUACUACACAUAGAACAGAAACCAAGCAGGGUCUUCAGCUGCUAUGUUUACCAGAUGGUAUGUGACCCUGCCGAUGAAGAAACAACAAACAGAAGUUGUGAAAAAGAUGGACCUGAGCAGGAACUGUCCAUCUACAUGAGGACACCAUCUGGUGGCCCUGAAACAGUGCCCUCACUACAUCCCAUCACCAGGAAGACAGGCAACAGAUGAUUAUUGAAAAUAAAAUUUUAGUUGGAAACUAUUUGGGAAUGGUUCUAUUUGCACAUAUGGACACAGCCUGACUGGAACUGGGGAGAUCUUCUCUUUUUGAUUUCUUUUCACCGUCUUGAGAGGAGCUCUGAAAAACAUCUCAGGCCAUCUGGCCUAUUUUUUCAUAAUGUGACUCCUAAAAGUAAAUGUGGUUCAAGAAGAUAUUUGGAAUAAAAUGAACUAAUAAAAUCCUUAUAACUUAAAAAAAAAAAAGAAUAAACCAAGGCACUGAGCAGUUAAGCCUUACCCAUGGAAAUGGUAUGUUUUCAGUGGCCUUGUUUUCAAGGUUCAAUUCUCUGCCUUUAUGGCAAUAUACUUACUUACUUUCGGCAAAAUAUCCUUAAGAGAAGCAAAAAACUUCAUCUAAAAUACACCUUGAAAUUCUUUAUUCAUGUUAGAGUCCAUUAGAGUUUUCUAGUUUCUCUAAACUUCGGGCUUUUCUUAAUCUGUUCAUACUCACUUUUGGGCAAAAACAUGUAAAUGGAGGGGCGCCUGGGUGGUUAGCCCAUUAACCGUCCCACUCUUGAUUACGGCUCAGGUUGUGAUCUCAGGGUUCUAACAUCAAGCCCCACUUAGGGGAGCCUGCUUAA